AUGUGUUCUGUGUCGUUAAUGGCAUUCAAUUAUACAACUUGUCAAUUGUUACAUCCAGAAAACAAAAACAUUUGGUUCCCUAAUUUAAGAUCUCCGUUAGUUAAUGGUUGGUUAUCACUGAAGCAGUGUGAAGUGUAUGAGUGCCUGCCUUUUGUCUUUUGUUGUUUUAUAAUUAUCAUUGUAACUUUGAGAGCCUCAGAACUACCAUCUGAAAUUCUAUCACAAAUUGCGGAGCAUCUAUUGACAAAAGACAUACUUGCUGAGCAACAGUAUGAUUUAUUUCAAUGUCUUCCAAACUUGGUGCAUAUCGAUCUUGGACAUAAAAAUCUUAACAUUAUCAAUUGA